AUGACCACCGGUCAGGCCACAAACGCAUCUAAGUUCACUAAUCCGUCAUCAAAGGGCCCACCAAAGGCACGGUCUCGCUCAAUGGCCGGACACACACCUUUUACCGGGCCCGACGAGCGACCAACCAGUUCGCCGGGGCAUCCGCGAAAAAGUUCAGUGGCAAGGCUCGUUCGACGUGAGUGGGUCAGGGCUGGAGCGGCGACGUCGCGACGCCCGACGCCCCCACUCCGACGCCGUACCACCGACCAUUUAAGCGAGCGCCGACUUCCCGACUGCUCACUCCACGCAACGCUCGCUUUCACGUACUUACUAUCUAGAGACGCGCCCGUAGAGUGCGAAACCGCCACAUCCGAGCCGACUCUGAGCAACUAUGUUUGGAGGUCUCGACCCUACAGGGCUCUACUGAUAUCAGUCUGUGCUUUGGGAUCGUAUCGCCUUAUAAAGCGCUGUAUAAUCGAUGAUCGGGGCGUUUGUGUAACGCCCGAAAAUGUCAAAGAGAGAUCCCGACCAUCAACUCAAACUUCCGCAUAUCAGCUGCCAUCGGUUAUUGACCGAAAGUUUUGUAAGUCGCGCGCCCACCUCAUAAACCCCCGCAAUUUCAUAACUCGCAGCGUAUGCAACCUCAAGUCUCACAGCCGAGAAAUGCAAAUACAACACACUCGCACGCACACGCCUCGAAAGCUCGGCGAAUUUUUUAUUUAUUUCGUCGCCGAACUUCCUGAUGCUACUGAAAAUUCGCGUUCUACCUGCGGCCAUUCUAAUUCGCCGUGCAUCAUUCUCGAGGAAUCGCCCAUGCCCGUCACGUGGUCGCCGAAAAUGAGCUCAGCUGAUUGA